UUUAAUUUUUUUUUUUUGGGGCAAAACCCUAAAUUCUAGUUGGACUUUUAAUUUUGGAAGCUGCAAGCUCUUUGGUCUCUGUAUGCUCGUUCCUCUAUCAAAUCCCCAAUGGAGGAGGCCCCACAAAGCUUUCUCUACGAAACUUUAAGCCCUCUCUCCGUCCCAACCGCCGGCCAAUCUUCGCCGUCCGAUGACCUCGAACCCUACUCCGUUUUCCGGAAUGAGAUCUCCCUCACCACCCUACGGUGCACCUCCCCGGAAUCCGCCGCACCUGAUUUCUUCUCCCUCGAUGUUAACGCCGACGGCUCUGAUCCAGUUCUCGUAUCCCCGGCUCGGCCUAGAGAGGCUGAGCCGACGACACCAGCUCGUGAAGCCGAGCCGAGACUUGAGAGUGGGUGGUUCCGUGGCAAUAAUAAAUUCAAGAGCCCUAUGCUUCAGCUUCAUAAAGAGAUAGUGGAUUUCUGUGAGUUUCUAUCUCCAACUCGAGAAGAGCAAGAUGCACGGAAUGCAGCAAUUGAAGGUGUCUUUAAUGUUAUCAAAUAUAUAUGGCCUUACUGUAAGGUAGAAGUUUUUGGAUCGUUCAGGACUGGGCUGUAUCUUCCAACUAGUGAUGUUGAUGUUGUUAUUCUGGGGUCGGGUAUCCCAACACCACAGCAAGGCUUGCAGGCUCUUUCUAGGGCAUUGUCACAGAGGGGCAUCGCAAAGAAGAUACAGGUUAUCGCUAAGGCUCGUGUACCAAUUAUUAAAUUUGUAGAGAAGAGAAGUGGUGUUGCCUUUGAUAUAAGUUUUGACGUACACAACGGACCAAAAGCUGCAGAGUUUAUAAUGGAUGCUGUAUCUAGGUGGCCUCCUUUACGGCCUUUGUGUUUGAUUUUGAAAGUAUUUUUACAACAGAGAGAAUUGAAUGAGGUAUAUUCUGGCGGAUUAGGUUCUUACGCCCUCCUUGCCAUGCUCAUGGCAAUGUUGCAGAGCCUCAAGGACUGCCAAACUUCACAGGAAGAAAACCUGGGAGUUCUUUUGGUACACUUUUUUGAUUUCUAUGGACGGAAGUUGAACACUUCAGAUGUUGGUGUAUCUUGCAAUGGCGGAGGAACCUUCUUCUUGAAGAGUAGCAGAGGGUUCACAAAUAAGGCAAGGCCCUUUCUUAUUUCCAUUGAGGACCCACAGACACCGGAGAAUGACAUCGGAAAGAAUUCCUUCAAUUAUUUUCAGAUUAGAUCGGCUUUUGCAAUGGCCUUUGCAACAUUGACAAAUCCAAAGACCAUUUUGAACCUAGCCCCAAAUAGGAGCAUACUGGGUACGAUUAUCAGACCUGACCCGGUCUUAAUAGAGCGCAAAGGAGGAUCAAAUGGGCAAGUGACCUUUGAUAGCUUGCUUCCUGGAGCAGGGGAGCCAUUAGAGUCACAGUAUGGUCAGCAGGAGCUUCUCUGCAAUUGGCAGUUGAACGUCGAAGAAGAACCGCUGCCACGGGGAGAUGCUAAUGAACAUUCAUCUGGAAAGAAGAGGAAAGUUUCUAAGGAGAAAUCCGGUAAGAAAAAGGCCAAAGAUAAUGGGGAGGUGGUGAAGGUGAGGCACGGAGAGAAGCGGGGAAAGAAGAAACGCCAUAGUAACCAAGACGAUUCCAAUGGUUUUGGUCGUUAAUUUGGCACUUCUUCAUGGAGUCACUAGAAUUCUUAUUCUUAUCACUAUCACCAUUGAGUUCUGAUUCUUUCUCCACAGGCUAGAUUCCCAGAAAAUUUUGCCAUUUAUAUAUAUAUAUAUAUAUAUCACCGAUGAACGAGCAGAUGGAAUCGUCAAAUGCUAUUCUGUAUUAUUGCCGUUCUUCUUCAGAUUUGUAGCAUGAAGUAGACAACUGUGAUUCAUUUUUUGCAACACAAAUUUUUUUUUUAAUCAAUUUUUUUUUAUUUCAUUUC